CACAGCAGCUUGGCCAUUUUUCGCCCGUGGUACCCGUUCAGGGGCCGGAGACGCUUGAUAUUUGCGCGUGGGCGUCUGCCGUACCAUAGCGGUCGGCGCGGUCGCUGCCCAACCGCGCGGGCGCGCGUCCACGCUCCCGGCGUUGGGCUAGCGGCUGCCGCAGACAGGAGUACAAAAUGCGACAUAGGAUGGGGGCGGCCUCGGGCGCGAGGCCGCUCCUCAUAGCCCUCGUGCUGGGCGCCGUCGCCGCGCAGACGCCGGCGCCGACGGAGCUCCCGACGUUGGGUCCCUCGUCCGUGCCGUCCGCGGUCCCGAGCUCGCUGCCCUCGUCGGUGCCGUCCUCUCUACCGACCGCGGUCCCCAGCUCUACGCCAACUUCGGUACCGACCGCGACGCCCACGGGGCACCCGUCAGAAGCACCCACAUUCGAGACCUGGCCACCAACGAAUGUGCCGACGACUGCGACAUGGGUCCCCUCAGAAGCGCCGACAUACGAGACCUGGCCACCGUCGGGCCUCCCCACGACGGUCCCUUCUUCCAUACCCACAACGGUCCCGACUGCCGUGCCAUCAUCAACGCCGACGACAGAGCCGUCGGCGGCCCCCACCGUCUCGCCGUACCCGACGGGCGCACCGAGCGAAUUGCCGACGUCGCUCCCCUCGUCGCUCCCCUCGUCGGUUCCAACGGUCGUGCCGAGCGCUGUGCCCACACCAGUGCCGACGUCGCCGCCGUCGGCCGAGCCCACAUCCGUCCCGACGGGCACGCCCACGGCCGCUCCGACCGAAGUGCCGUCGCCGCUGCCUACGAUCUCGUUCCCGCCGACGCCUGUGCCCACUGUGCCGCCGACGCCGGAGCCGUCGCCGGGGCCGUCUCCGUUGCCGUCUUCGCUCCCGACGGGUUUGCCAACAGCUGUGCCCACGACGCCACCGAGUUCCGUCCCGACGGCGUCGCCCACAUCGGAGCCCAGUGGUCAUCCCUCGGUACCGCCGACAGCCGUGCCCACCGUACCCCCGACGGGUGUCCCGACCUCGACACCCACGUCGCCGCCGAGCAAGCCUCCGAGCAUGCCGCCGACGCCCGAGCCCUCUGCAUUACCUACCGCGGCCCCGACGUCGACGCCGACCACUGAGCCGUCUUCGCUCCCUACGGCGGCGCCGACGUCGUCGCCCUCCUCGCUUCCAACGACGGAGCCCACGGCCCUUCCGACGACGCCGCCGACGUCCGCACCGACGUCGACACCAUCGUCGACGCCGACGCAUUCACCGUCGGGCUGGCCGACGACGGCAAUGCCGAGCCCUGCUCCCAGUCCACUACCAAGUGGCGUCCCGAGCGCUGUGCCGACCUCGACGCCAACCGCAGUACCCUCGCCCGCGCCCACGCCGACCCCCACACCCGCGCCCACCAUCACAAAAUACCCCACGUCGCUGUCGGUGGAAGUGAGCGUCUCGACGGGCGUGUCCUUCACCAAUUUAUGCCACGAGGCGUUCAACAUGGACCCCGAUGCCUUACGAGCGUUCCGCCUGGCCAUCGUCGACGAAGUGCGAGUGGCGGACUCCGAGGACGACGUCGAGAACGUCUUCGCGUACCACGUCGCGACGACGCCCGCGCCGACGGCGACGCCGUCCUACGCGCCCACACGAGAAAAGGAUAAAGAGGACCGACGACGGUUGUCCUUGGUGCCGCCCUGCCAGGGCGGCCUCGUGGAGUUCGACGUGCGGUGUCGCUGGCUCGCGCCCGUCGACAACGUGAACGUCACGCGUGCGGAGACGUGGUGUCGGCGGACAGUACGAAAACAAUUGCACUAUUCAUUGAACAACGGGACCCUCGCGACGGCCUUUGAAACGAGAGGCAACAACACGGCGCUCGCGGGCGCGAUCAUAAACGUGAACGCGACGCUGGCGGAGUUCGAGGACCAUUCAUCAAUAGAGGAGGUCCUCACGGACGCGCCGACGCCGGCGACGUGGAGCGACAACUGCGAGUGCGUGCCCGCGGCGCCCACGAAAAUCCUGACGCUGCAGACCGCCGCCGCGUCGCCGGAGUACGGGUGUCCGCGCGUCUGCACGGUGCAGACGGGUCGCGUGAGCCCGCCUCCCUCGCCGGCGAGUAGGAGGUAAAGUGAAAUUCAU